GAAAGGCAGGAGCAGCGAGUGGAGGGGUUUCUGCUCGCCUUUUCUUUUUCCCGUGGAUGCAACGUUUUCUCCCCCUUCUCACCGCCUUUUUGUUAGUUUUCCACUCGGUGUCACAUAUAUUUUUAUACACAGCAAUUCCGUCACGAUGGCGGGGGCUAUUAUUGAAAACAUGAGCACUAAAAAGUUGGUGAUAGUGGGAGUUAUUCUGCUUUUGUUUCAGGCGUUCGCGUUCAUGGUCGGCGGUUUAAUUGCUCCUAGCCCCACGGCUUCAGUCUCUUACUUGGCCUCAAAAUGUGUGGACACAAGCAAAUACAGAGAAGAAACGAAGUGGUUCAUGCCAUGGGGUCCUAACAUUUGUGAAAAGAUCCGGACCUUUGAUGAAGCAAAGGCGAAGAGGAUCGAGGCUAACAACAUUGUAUUCGCCGUCCACAUUCCAAUGCAAAACAUGGAUAUGAGCCCGUGGUUCCAGUUCAUGCUGGUCAUCCUGCAGUUUGACAUUGCAUUUAAGAUGCACAACCAGAUAGAGGAAGGAGCUGCUGUUUCCAUUGAUGUUGGCCUGGCCUACAGAGAUGACAUGUUCAGUGAGUGGAAGGAGAUGGCUCAUUCCCUUGAACAGAAGAAACUCCACUGUAACUUGUCUCUUCCAAAGACCUAUGAGAACGAAGGCCGGUAUUACGACUGUGAUCAUCUGCCUUUCAUGGAGUUGGGGAGUGUGGCCCAUAAGUACUAUCUUCUCAACAUCCGCCUGCCUGUCAUUGAGCAAAAGAAGAUCAACGUCGGCAUUGGAGAAAUCAGAGACAUUCGUCUUAUUGGCAUCCAUCAGAAUGGAGGCUUCACCAAAGUCUGGUUUGCUAUGAAGACCUUCCUCACACCCAGCAUCCUCAUCAUUAUGAUCUGGUACUGGAGACGCAUCACCCUCAUGACUAGACCUCCCGUUCUCCUGGAGAAGGUAAUCUUUGCUCUUGGCAUCUCCAUGACAUUCAUCAACAUGCCCGUGGAGUGGUUCUCUGUGGGCUUUAACUGGACCUGGAUGCUUCUUUUUGGGGACAUCAGACAGGGCAUCUUCUACUCCAUGCUGCUGUCCUUCUGGAUCAUUUUCUGUGGCGAACAUCUCAUGGACCAGACGGAGAGGAACCGUUUUUCAGUCUACUGGAAGCAGGUCGGACCCAUCGUGUUCGGGUCCUUCUGCCUCUUCAUCUUUGACAUGUGUGAGAGAGGUGUCCAGCUAACAAAUCCCUUCUACAGCAUCUGGGCCUCAGAUGUGGGAACGGAGCUUGCUAUGUCCUUCAUCAUCGUGGCAGGAAUCUGUGCCUGUCUCUACUUCCUCUUUCUCUGUUUCAUGGUGUUUCAAGUCUUCCGCAACAUCAGCGGUAAGAGGUCAUCCCUGCCUGCCAUGUCCAAGGCCAGACGUCUGCACUAUGAGGGUCUUAUUUUCAGGUUCAAGUUCCUGAUGCUGGUCACUUUGUUCUGUGCUGCCAUGACUGUCAUCUUCUUCAUCAUCAGCCAGGUUAAUGAGGGUCACUGGCACUGGGGAAAUCACGCUGUACAGGUGAACAGUGCCUUCUUCACUGGCAUCUAUGGCAUGUGGAAUCUGUACGUCUUUGCCAUCAUGUUCCUCUAUGCUCCUUCUCACAAACGCUAUGGAGACGAGCAGUCAAGUGGUCAAUGCAUCACUG